AUGCAAAUAAGCACAGCUUUAAGAGUGUUCUGGAAAUCGACCACAUGGAGAACGACAAGAUUGAAAACGGACACAAACAGGGAAGCUACCAUUUCAUCCCAAAGAAAAGAUGCGAAAAAUCAAAAGGUGAAGUUGAGUAUCGAUGAUCAUGGCCAGAGGACCUCUGGGGACGCAAUCACACUUCCCUGUUCCAUAUGCAAGCAGGAAAUUGACCUCCCUAGCAUUUUCUUCCACAAAAAGCAACAUGAAGGCCUGGCAACUCUGCGGUUUCACUGGAUGGGUAAAAAGAAGCCACCCCGGGCAGAGAUUCUGGCCCAGAGACAGUUCUUAAUCAAUAAACUGUUGUCAUCGUUUGUGCUCAGUGAAAAGGCCCUGCAGACCAUUAACAACAACUUUGAGCUUGUUUGGAGGGAACACAUACCCGCAUACUAUAAGAUUGUGGAUAACCUUGAAAGCAGUUCUGUGUAUUCUCCAGAAAUUAGCCAUGUGUUGAUUAAAGGAAUGGCCAUUUGUGAAGACAGGAAUGCUUCGUGGAGAUCUUCCAUGGGCAACACAUUCACUACUGUGGAUAAUUUUGGCAAGAAACACAAUGUGCUCUUUUUUGGGGUGUUUGAUGGGCACCGUGGUACCUCAGCGGCGGAGUUUGCAAGAGUGGAACUCCCAGUUUUACUUCUCCAUCAAAUGUCCACGUUGGAUCCCUCCUACCAAAUGAGCCCCGAAGAGCAACAAGUCAUCGACUCCUUCAGCACCGUGUUUACAGAAGAAUACGUAAAAAUCGAAGACCAAUUCUCUUCCACGCCGAAAAGGACAGAGAUAUUUGACGGUGAGCUGGAGGGCAUACACAAGGCCUUCGCGAAAGCAUUUUGGAGAAUGGAUAGACUUUUGCGUCUGGGAAGGAAGGAGGCGUCCAAUGUUCUGUGGAGUGGCUGCUCUGUACUUACCUGUCUGCUGGAAGGUACCGUUCGAAAACAGAGCCCGGAGCUGUAUGUCACCGAGAGCACCUCUUUCAGGCAGAUGCCAGAAAUCACUUCUGGAAUAUUACAUGUGGCAAAUGCUGGUAAUGUACAAGCAGUCUUGUGCAGAAACGGUACAGGAUUUUGUCUAACCAAAGAACACACAAUGAAAAAUAUAAUGGAAAGAAGAAGAAUUCUUGAUGACGGUGCAAAAAUUGCCUCAAAUGAACCCAACGAGCUUCUAGAAGGGCGAACAAAAACCACAAGAGGCCUGGGGUUUCAUGGAAAUGCCAAGCUAAAAAAGUUUAUGAUCCCAGCACCUGAAACUAUCUCAGUGCCCAUCGACGACCUGUGUCAGUUCCUCGUCGUGGCUACCGACGGGCUGUGGGACGUGCUGGACAAGAAGGAAGUCGUCAUGGUGGUGAUGACCAUGUUCCGUGCCUACAAAGCCGGGUUCUGCUCCGGCACACACAACCAGCACUCACCCUCCAAGCUCAGCGAGGCCACCACCAUGCAAUCAGAAGGCAGCAUCUACACACUCUAUCAGUAUGAGCCUUCCGAGGAACACGUGGCAACCAGACACUCAAAAGAAAAUACCCUGGACAACAAAUAUUUGGAAUGUCCCACUUUUAACCUUGAAAACCUAGAAACGCGUCCACCUGAAUUGAUUAAUCUUGAACCUCACAGCAGGAGAAAACCCAAUGAGCCAGCCUGUGUGGGUGAUCGGCCAACAGACCCAAAGGGGAUGGAAAAUGAACUGUAUAACAAGAAGGAUUUCUACGAGGCCGCAGCGAAGCACAUCAGCUGCAAACUUGUCAAGGCCGCGUUAGGAGCGGGCUCCAGGAGCAACAUUACGGUGAUGGUCAUACUCCUCAGUGGGAGUGCGUAUCAGCUUCUCAUAUAA